CAGAACGAAAUAACGAAAUGGCAGAAAUCAGCCACCAUACUAGUACAAGGUUGUUUUAUGGUCUAUUUAUUUUUAGAUGUAUAUUAAGUAAGAUUCGUAAUAAGUAGUGACUGCUGUGUAUUUUGGAAAUAAAAAUGGCCGAUGGAAAUUUGACAGCCAUACUUUAUAAAAAGAAAGAUCUACGUUUGGAAAGUCUCCACAUUCCCGAACCAGGACCAGGGCAGGUUCAAGUGUGUAUACAGCAUGUCGGUAUUUGUGGUACAGAUCUCCAUGUAUAUGAACAUGGGGGUUUUGGAGACAUAGACUUCAAAGAACCAGUAGGCAUAGGACACGAAUCAGCCGGAGUGGUCAGCAAGCUAGGAGAAGGGGUAACCUCGCUUAAAAUUGGUGAUAAAGUUGCACUGGAGUCUAUAUUUGGCUGCAUGGCAUGUUCUGAUUGUAAGAAAGGAAACUACAAUCUAUGUGAAGAUGCUAGAAUGUGUGGUACACCGCAGACUUGGGGGUGUUUGACACGAUACUACGUUCACAAUGCUGCUGAUUGUUAUAAGCUACCAGAUCACGUGAGUACCGAGGAAGGAGCUUUGAUGGAACCUCUGAGCAUUGCUAUCCAUUCCUGUCGCCGAGCUGGUGUGUGUCUAGGCAGUAAAGUCCUUGUUCUUGGUGACGGACCUCUUGGUGUCUUGACCGUUCUGACGGCAAAAGCGAGUGGCGCUACACAAGUCGGAAUUACAGGUAAACAUGAAUUUCGUCUGAACAUCGCUGAAACAGUUGGGGCAGAUUUCGUGCUGAAUGUUACAUCAAAGGAUCCAAAAGAAGUGGCUAAGAUAGUUAUUGAUGCAUUCGGUGGAAAACCUGAAAUAUCUAUAGACAGCACUGGAGUGCAGAGCAGCAUACAAACGGCUAUAUUUGCAACACGUAAUGGAGGAAAUGUGACAAUAAGUGGGUUGAGGGAAAAUGUCGUUUCGCUACCAAUAGUAAAUGCGGGCUUCAGGGAAGUUGACAUUCGUGGAGUAGCGGUGAAUGCUCACUGCUAUCCUAUAGCACGUGCUAUGGUUGCUUCAGGUCAGGUUAACUUAAAGCCUUUGGUUACUCACGUGUUUGCCCUAGAUCAGGUUAAUGAGGCCUUUAAAAAAGCAGAGACUAAAGAAUGCAUGAAAGUGAUGAUCAAGUGUAGCAAGGAUUAAGCCAUGUUUGCGUGGCGAACAGAAUUCUUCUUCGCAUGAAGCUGAACCAUGGCAAAUGAAUGAAAAUAUGUACCCGCAUGGACCUGAUGUAUGACGAAUGAAUGAAAAACAUUCUUAUUUACAAAAAUCCGAAUCAAGAAUAUUUUAUAUGAAAUCUAUAUAGGUACAUUGUAAUUUAGUAUACAGGAAGGUUGUGCUUUAA